AUCACAACUCUUGCUGCUCAGCAGUCAGCGGUGUUGUCCACUUUCUGUUUCUAGCAAUAAGCAAGCUUUCUAGGCUUGUUUCUAGGGAGAAACAGCCUGUAUGUAAGAAGGGAUCCCAAUAUUGAAAUUUUGUUGGAAUUUUCAUUGAAAGAGAAAUGGCUGGAUGCUCUGGGGAGGAAACUGAUGAAUUCCAAAGUGUUUUUGGCAGUAGUGACUUUCAGCUUACUCCAGAAUUAAGAAAAAAGGCAGAAGAAGAGCUUCAAGAGAAAGAAGAGUGGCGGGAACGAGACAUUGCAGCACUGAGAGACCUUGUUGCUGAUGAUGCUGACUUGAACUCAAGAAUGGAUGAUGAAUUUCUGCUCAGAUUUCUUCGUGCUAGGAAGUUUGACUAUGAUAGCAGCUUUCAGAUGCUGCAGCAGUACUACUGGACGCGCGCCCGCCACCAGCACCUGUUCGACCGGCUGCUGCCGUCCACCCAGGAGCGCGUGCUGCGCCACGGCCUGCAGAUGGUGCUGCCGCAGCGCGACCCCAACGGCUGCCGCGUGUUCGUCUUCCGACCCGGCGCCUGGGAUCCGAGCGCGGUGACGAUGGACGACAUCUUCAUCUCGAACGUACUGCUUCUGGAGCACAUGGCGCGGGAGCAGGCCACCCAGGUGUGCGGCGUCGUGGCCAUCCAGGACUUCACCGGGUUCGGGUUCCACCAGAUGAAACACUUCACCACCGAGCACAUCAGGAGGAUGAUCUCUAUUCUGCAGGGAAGCUUUCCGCUUCGGUUCAAGGGCUUUCACUUUGUAUUUGAGCCGAGGGUGUUCUACUGGGCCUUCGCAGCUGUGAAGCCCUUCCUGAGCAAAAAGCUAGCCGACCGGCUGUACUUUCACGGCAGUAACCUGAAGUCGCUGCACGCGCACUUUCCGCGCGACUCGCUGCCGGCGCAGCUGGGCGGCUCGGCGCCGGGCUACGGCGGCGAGGAGCUGGCGCGGCAGCUGCUCGACAGCGAACACUACUUCGCUGAGCACAACCGGUACGGGUACACGGCCGACUCUGGUGGCGUGGCGGAGCCGCCGGCCGCCUGCCGCCCGAGGUAUUACCCGGGCGCCUUCUGCAUGCAGUCGGGCGACGAGGAUGACUAGACGCCCGGCGGAGCGACGCCGAGCGGGCCGAGAAGAGGGGGGACAGAAGGGAACUUCAGUGAGACAGGACAGCAGUGAGUAGAGGAUGGGACAGAACAUGGGGCUGGACUGGAUAGGGCACUGGACAUUAUGCCCAGAGCUGGCUCUGCGUGGAGUCCACUGCUCGCGGGUGCUGCUGCCAGGCGGCGAGUGCGGUUGUUGGCCGACCGUUCCGCCCGCCCUCUCCCAGCUCCAGUUCGGUCCGGUCCGGGACGCGCCUCGCUCGGUGAUCUGUCGAGGGGCGGUUAUAUGCAGAAGAUUCCAACUUCCCGGGGGUACUGUCAUGGACCAACGGCGAACUGCGACCGUUAGUUCCUCGGUGAUAGAUUUGAUCGAUCGGAUGAUGUAAUGGGUACAUUGAAAUAUCAGUAAGUGGCUGCUGUUAACCGUACAAACGGCGCAUACGCUGCGCGUACAAAUGAUCGUCAUGACUUCUUACUCCGGGACCAAGUGCCAAUGUGAUACCCGAGCCCGUGUCAGUAAUUGCCCAUGUCAGAGCAGUCAGUGAAUGCUCUGUUCGCUGGAGGCAGAGACACGGAAUGCCCGCAGUGCUCAAUGUGAUGCGUUAGCUCCAGGGCCGGUGUCCCUGGAAUGUGACGUUUUAUUGUCUGGACGGGUUUCGGGCACACGUUAAUACGGGCUUAUUUACCUACUUAUCUUUAUGGGGCGUAAUGUGAUGAGAGCUGGGGACCAAUGAUGAAUAUUUUCACCCAGGGGUGAGAGACAUAUCAGUGAUUGUCGCAGGUCUACCCUGCUUGUUGAGCUUUGAUGAAUGUUGACGUGACUGUAUUUAGUCGACUAAUCUGCGUUCUUAUAACGCCGUAGGCAGCUGUGAUUUAUAUCAGUGAAUGUUGUGUCUAGCACCAAACAGUUCCGCGUAAUAUGUCAGUAAUUUUUAUAUGUGGGCAGAAGCACUUGAAUGUUUCAGACUGCCCGCCAUAACCAAAAAGGAUGGUUCGACUAUGAUAGUGUUCGUGCCCUGCUGACUGAUCGGGAUAGUGGAUAAGGUUUAUGAUAUCAGUGGAUGCGCUUCGUGCAUGUUUGCCCGGUAGUUGCUGUCAUUUGUUUAUACUGGUGUUUUGGCGUCUUGUCAUUCCGUUCCGGAGUAGUACCCUGUAUCAUGCCUGUUUUGCGACAUUCCCUUUUGACCUCUCUACGUGCCAGGUAUACCCACCAACUCUCACGGAGCUAGAUGGUGACAUUCCUCGUUUAUUUCGUUGUUAUUUCCGCCUAUGGCUGAUUGACACAGUAUAGAAACAGCAAUAGGUGUGUUCAAUGUUACUCGUUGGUUGCCUCUGUCCAACACUCUGAGCGCCGAACAGUGACUGGCGAGAGCAUAUCCGCGCGAGUCACCAGGUCACAAACGUCUGUGUUAUAUGUGCCAUCGGACAUCGAAGAUGAUAUUUGGGUGGGCAGCGGUGGUCUGUCUGACAUGUUAUGCUGUUGAUGAAAUAUAUAUUUUAUGGAGAAA